GCCAAAGGUGUUCUUGUUGGGUUUGGAACGGUUUGGAAUUGAGAACGAAUUUUCGUCGUCGUGGUUCUGUUCCUUAUUAUUUAAUGCUAUUGGAAUUCCAUAAAAAAACAGAAGAGUCAUGAAUUCUUCAUUGAAAAUCGAUAGAAAGUGCAUAGCUGAAGCUGUUUUACCAUCACAGGAGCCAUUAUUGGAUUUUUCAGCUGGAUAUGUGUUACCUGAUGAAAUUUCUCUACCUUCUAUUAACCUCGAAGAAAUUGGAAAUAUCGACAUAACUUUAUCUAUUCUGGAUGCUGAAAGAUUGAAUAAGGCUUUUUUAGAAAGACAGCAAGAUGCAGGUGCCUCACCAACUCUGUUCCCUUCCUCAGGGAAACACACUUUUGAAAAGUGUUCUGAUAAAAUGAUUUUAUCAACACUAGAGAACUUCGACAUAAGUUCUCUAGUCAUCAAGAUGUUAGGAUUACCUGUAUCUAAAUCUAUGGAUUUUAAAGCAAAGUUUGAUAAGCUGAUGCUGUUUGAGGUAGAUGGGCAGUACACUCAUACCUUUGAUUCAGGAAAAGAAUCUGGAACAUUCGGUACGGCGAUUCUUCAGUUGCCCGUAAAUGGAGGACACGAUGGUGGAAAUUUUAAUUUAGAAUAUAAAGGAAGGAAAGCCACCUAUGAAGAUCAGGUUGAUAGCCAUAAGCUUUCCUCUCUGUCUUCGUUUUACGACAGCUGCCACUAUGUAAUGAAGCCGAUUACGCGAGGCUGGAAGUUGACACUCGUCUUCAACCUGGUGUGGACCAAUUCCACAAUUGUGAUGCCAACCGACUUCUUAGUCUUUCUGAAAUCACUGAAGAAAUUAGAAGAAGCACUCAUUUCUUGGGUUCCCCAGCGAAAAGAAGAUGUAUUUUCUACCGAAGUUCAACAAUUGCUCAAAGAAAACGUCAAAAUCCCACUUAUUACUUGGAUUGACGAUAAAAUCGUUUCAUGCAAUGAGAAAGCAGAAGACACGAAUAUUGAAGAUUCUGAAGACUUGAAAAUGACGAUAAUUCUGAAAACGAAUCCGAUUCCGACCCUUCCGAUUUUUGGUAUGACGACGAAACAGAUUGCCAUUGCGAUAAAAAAAUCUCAACCAGGAAAUGUGAAGAAGAAAAUGUAUUGUUCUUUGUUCUUGGAGAAAAGUAUUUUGAGAAUAGUCUCAUGUUUCAUCACCUUCAAGGGAACGACCGAAUCUUAG